GGCUUCCCACAUGGUGGUGUGUGAGGCGGCAAGACAGACAAAACCUUUACUUCACACUCUUGGGAAUCACUUUUGGACGUCCGAGUUAACCUGUUGCAGAAGUAUGGCGUCACAGAAAACAAUCAAGAACUUCUUUAAGCCUGUCAUUAAGCGCAAGAGCGAGGAUUUAGAGGUUAAUGAUGUCACCAAAAAAUCAAAGAUUGAUGAGCAAAAUGAUCCUUCCAGUGAUCCUUCCAGAACGCCCCCAAAGUGUCAUGAUGAGAAGGUCCAAUCUGGCCUUACCCCAGAGCAGAAACAACGCAUGAUGCAAAACAAAAUUAAGGCAGAGAUAAAACAACAGUGUAAGAAAACUCCAGGUCUGCAUGAGAACAUUGGUCAUAGUUGGUACAUGGCCCUCAAGUCUCAGUUCUCUCAGCCCUACUUUGAGAAGUUGAGUAAAUUUUUGGAACACGAGCGCAAACGAGCAACAAUCUUCCCCCCAGAGGACCAGGUGUUCUCUUGGACUCAAGCAUGUAAGUUGCAGGACAUCAAAGUGGUCAUCUUAGGACAAGAUCCUUAUCAUGGACCAAAACAAGCACAUGGUCUAUGUUUCAGUGUACAGAAGGGUGUGCCACCUCCUCCAAGUUUGGUGAACAUGUACAAGGAACUGAAGUCAGAUAUCCCAGGAUUUGAGCAGCCAUCACAUGGAUACUUGCUUGGUUGGGCACAACAAGGUGUCUUACUACUCAAUGCUUGUUUAACUGUCGAGGCCCACAGAGCUAACUCGCAUAAGGACAAAGGCUGGGAGAAGUUUACCGACUCGGUCAUCAAAACAAUAUCAGAACAUAAUAAAGGUGUUGUUUUCCUUUUGUGGGGAUCAUAUGCCCAGAAGAAAGCUGCUGUUGUUGAUAAGAAGAAACAUCAUCUGCUCAAUGCUCCACAUCCAUCACCACUGUCGGCUCAUCGUGGGUUCUUUGGAUGUAAACACUUCUCCAAGUGUAAUGAACUUCUUGAGAACGGGAGAAAGAAGCCAAUAGAUUGGACAUAUUUGCCAUCAGAUAUAUAAUAAGGAUGAAUUGAAGUUCAUGAUGAUCAUCAGUGUUUUACAACCAUUUUCAUUUGUAAAUGUUGCCUUUGCCGUGUUCAUUACAGUAUUAUUUUUUUAACACUGAUUAACCCUCUUGCACAUCAAGAUGUGAAUUGUGUCAAAUCAUUAGGUAGCGCUAUUUGCUUAGUUGAUGUGAAUUGUGUCAUCAAACUUUAAAUAGAAGUUACUCCCAAAAAAGUUUUCAAACGCAUUGAGUCAAAUUUUCAUGCAUCAUUGAUGACUACAUGAUCUUGCUGGGGAAGCUUCCACAAAGUACCAAAGUGUGGGUGGAGUUGUGCUGUCUAUCAAUUUCUUCCCAUUAACUGUUCUGGUAAGUCACAUUUGCACCUUUUUGCCUUUUCCAUAUGUCUGGUAAAUGUUUUUGACUGAUGGAGAGGCAUAUGUUUACAAAUUUGUUCUUGUUUUAUUUUAUAUUGCCAAAUGAGAAGUUUUAGUUUCCUCUGUUUUGUCAUCUGCUCCCCACAACUGUUCAUUUCACUCUUUAUACAGUUAAGGAAAGAAAUACAGGGUAUCUCAAAAAAAUCAUACGCAUUGCCUUGACCAUUGAAGUGCCUCGUUCAUCAACUGACUUGCCUCUCAUGUGACUGUUCUGCAAGUCAAUUGACUCGAGGCCUUUUCCCAUCAAUAUUCAAGUACAUAAGAUAACAAAUAUGGUUGUUCCAGGCACCAAUAUGUGUCAGUACUGAUGCAAGAUAAGCGAGCCGAUUCAUGGCACGUACUUAGUUAAAGUCUUGCCACCAAGGACAGUAUACUGCCCAGCACCCCCCACUAGACAUCUUGGAAGAAGUAGAAGCUUCCCAGAUUUAUUACCCAAAUAAGUACCAAAAGAUUCUCUUCAGUUGUAUUGGAGAAUGGAAAGUGUUGGGUCUGAUGGACCAGCUUCAGAAACAGAUGGAGAGUGAUUUAUUGCUAGAAAAGGCUGAUGCUCACUAUUUGGUGCUUUCACUACCAUUGUCCUAUGCAUUCAUAUGCCAGAAGGAAGGCAAGAAUAUAAUUUAUAUUUAAUACUGUACAGGUAUUGUUUAUUUUUACAUAAAAAACUUUCUUUACAUAAUUUGUAUUAUUUCUUUCUAAACAGUCAGUUUUAUGUGUACUGUAUAUGAGGUAUGUGAGCAUUUUAAGGGUUAAAGAUUUUUGUGGCAAUUGUGUGAAUGUUUGUAUUACAACAAAUAUUGUCAUAACUUGAUGUGUGAGGUCGCCCACAAGUUUAUAAAAUGUUUUGAAACAUCCUGUAUUUAAUAUGAAGAAUAAGAAAGUGAAAUUUUGUUUGCAUGUGAAACAAUUUGAGGUUUUUGUUUGCAGACCAUUACAGUGUUAGUCUUUGUGAAUAAAUUUUAGAAUUAU